CACCGCCCCCACCCUGACUUCGGGACUAUCGCUGCUGAUUUUGUCUACUACUGCUAGUAAAAUCAACAACCAGUAAGAACAUGCUCCUCUGUUUCCCAGCACCAUCCACCAAACACUCUACUGACGAGUGUCCUACGACCUUGAAUGGAAUAACCAUCUCAAGUUCAUUGCCUCUCGAGCAUACAAGUCUUACGUACAUUUCUCCGAAG